AACAUCAAAAUUCAGACCAGUCACCCCACCAUCAGUAAAAGAAAUAGGCUUGUUUCCUCCCUUCUUAAAAUAAACUUCCAAAACUUUCCUCCAUUGCUCCUCCUUCUUCCACUAAUAGUGAGAUCUUUUAUAUUUUUACUCCACAGCACAUAGCAAGGGACAGAGAAACAAGACCAGCUAGGAGCAAUCUAGAGAGACAGUGGCCAUGGCCUCCAAUUCAUCUAGCACAAGGGAAGAGGGAGAGGAAGCCACACGUCACACUGUCCUGCAACAGCUGCCAGAUCCUGGGAACCUGUGCUGUGAAUCCAACAGCUGUGGAAGCUGCACAGCCAGAUCCUGGCAAGAGCAAGGAAGGCUUGGAGCUGCAGAGGGAGCCACCCACAGAAGCCGGCUCCGGAAAGGGAAUUUCCAAGCAAAACUCCACCUGACAAAUUUAGUUGAAAAGCUGAAGCUAUUGGGUCUAGGAGGAGGCAGAGAGGAGAAGGAGCAGCUCUGCUUGUGGCGCAAUAGGACAUUCAUCUGCAAGGGUGAUGUAAAAGAAGUUUCCUCAAGCCAUGAUGGGCAAAAGGCUCAUGAAGUUCCCGCUACAGCCUAUGUAGCAGAGUCUGUCCAGGAGGACACGGAGAAAAUUCACAGAGACUUGGAGAUUCUCAAAAAGCAAAGGGAAGAGAUGUUAGAACUGAAAGCGAGUGGAGAGCAGCAGUGGCAGGAUUAUUUGGUAAAUAGUUAUUGCCAUCACCCAGCAAAAAACAGAGGUGUUGUACUGUUGGACCAGUGCUGCCCAGCUUUUCUCCCUGGUGCUCUUUGUGUCCUGCAGAUGCAGACAGAGGCGGAGAGGCAGAAGAUCGUGUCUGAAUUUCGGCAGCUGCGCCGGUUUCUGAAGGAGCAAGAGCUUGUCCUCCUGGCCCAACUGGGAGAGUUGGACAAAGAGAUCAUGAGGAGGCAGGAGGAAGAGCAGAUCAAGAUGGCAGGGGAGAUUUCUCUCCUGAAUAUCCUGAUCUGUGAGAUGGAGAGGAGGCUUGAGCAACCCACGAGUGAAUUCACGCAGGAAGCCAGAAGCACUGUGAACAGGUGGGAGAAGGGCAGUGCCUGGGGCCCAACAGAGACCUUCCUGGACCUGGAACAGAGAGUCCGUGUUAUUUCUCAGCAAAACAUUGUCCUCGGAGAGACGUUGAGGAGAUUUCAAGACAUUUUGCCAUCUGAACUGGAGAAAGAGCAAGGACCAUCUCUAGGAGUAGACAGAAAAGCAUUUGUGACUCUGGAUCCUGACACUGCCAAUGCACAGCUCAUCCUGUCCAGGGACCGGAGAGGGGUGAGAUGGACAGCUACACAGCAGGAUGUGCCCACCAAACCCCAGCGAUUUGACACGUCUUGCUGCAUAUUGAGCUGCCGAGGGUUCACUUCAGGGAGACACUGCUGGGAGGUGGAGGUGGGGGGCAGGGGGACCUGGGCUGUGGGGGUGGCCAAGGAGUCUUGGGAAACCCAGGAGGAUCAAGGUGGCUCUGAACUAUGGAGAGGGGCAAGUGGCAUUUUACUUCUCUGA